GUGUCUGUGGGAGAAGAAGGGGAGGGGGGGGUCUGCUGGCAAGAGAGAGAGAGAGAGCGAGGGAGCGAGAGAGAGAGAGAGAGAGAAGGGGGACUGGUCUGCCUGGAUAUCCUUUUUCCAUCUGGGACCCAUCUGUGUUUCCUUGGCUCUGGACAAGCCGGAGCUCACAUAUGUGGGAACGCAAACACAUGCCUGACAUAUGAAGGCGUGGAGAGAGGAGAAAGAAAGCAGGAAGGAAAAAAAAAAAAAACAAAAAAAACAAAAACGAAUGCGUUACAGUCAAAAAGAAAAGAGGCGAAAGACCCAGCCACAAGCAGUGAGGAGACAGUGGAGAGAAGACAGCCCCUGCCAUGCCCGGCUCUCCUGUGGAUGUUAAAUCUCACUCCAGACCCGGUACCUCCGCCAUGCCUCCCCUGCCCUCCGUCAACCCCAGCGGGCCCCGGCCAGCCUCCUUCUCAUCUGGCUCCCUGACCAAUGGGAUCAAUCACUCCCCGCCCACCCUGAACGCGGUGCCCUCGCCCCCCCAGCGCUACAGCAACGGGCCUUCGUCCUCCUCCUCCUCCUCGCUGGCCAACCAGCAGCUCCCGGCGACCUGCGGGGCCCGGCAGCUGAGCAAGCUGAAGCGCUUCCUGACCACGCUGCAGCAGUUCGGCAACGACAUCUCCCCCGAGAUCGGCGAGAGCGUGCGCAGCCUGGUGCUGGCGCUGGUGAACUCCACGGUCACCAUCGAGGAGUUCCACUCCAGGCUGCAGGAGGCCACCAACUUCCCCCUGAGACCCUUCGUCAUCCCCUUCCUAAAGGCUAACCUGCCCCUCCUGCAGAGGGAGCUGCUGCACUGCGCCCGGGCCGCCAAGCAGAGCCCCGCCCAGUACCUGUCCCAGCACGAGCACCUGCUGCUCAGCACCACGCUGGCCUCCCCGCCCGACUCCUCCGAGCUGCUGCUGGAUCCCGGUGACGCCUCCAAACGGCCCAGCCCCGCCAGGGUCAAAGAGAACGGCUUCCACGAGCGCCCGGCAGGACCCCUGGAGCCGCCCGCCAAACGCAUCUGCACCAUCAGCCCCGCCCCCCGGCACAGCCCCGCCCACCCGCUGCCCCUGAGCAGCCAGCUGCACCCCACGCCCCCACCCCUGCAGCACUACGCUCUCGAGGACAUCGCCGUGCCCCACCUGUACCGUGACCCGCAGCGGAUCCUGGAGCUCAGGGACCUCAAGGACAGGCCACGCCUCCCAGGCACUAACGGAGGCUACCGUGAGGAGCCAGUGGACCACCGGCUGACAGAAAGGGAGUGGGCGGAUGAGUGGCGGCACCUGGAUCAUGUGCUGAACUGCAUCGUGGACAUGGUGGAGAAGACCCGGCGCUCCAUCAGCGUGCUCCGUCGCUGCCAGGAGGCCGACCGCGAGGAGCUCAACUACUGGAGGAGGCGCUCUAGCGAGGAGGAGAGCAGGAAGAGCAGCCAGCCUUUCUCCAAGAGCCACAGUCCCCACGCCGGGGAGGGGGGAAACGAGACCCCAAGAGACUUCGCGUCACGGCCAGGGUCUGGUUACGUUCCGGACGAGAUCUGGAGGAAAGCUGAGGAGGCGGUGAACGAGGUGAAGCGGCAGGCCAUGGACGAGGUCCAGAAGGCAGUGGCAGAAGCCGAGCAGAAGGCCUUCGAGAUGAUUUCUGCCGAGAGGGCCAAGAUGGAGAAGACCCUCGCCGAGGCGAAGAGGAAGGCCACCGAGGACGCCAUCCAGGUCAUCAACGAGCAAGAAGACUCCAGCGAGUGCUGCUGGAACUGCGGGCGCAAGGCCAGCGAGACGUGCAGCGGCUGCAACGCCGCCCGCUACUGUGGCUCCUUCUGCCAGCACAAGGACUGGGAGAGGCACCACCUGAUCUGCAGCCCAGGCCUCCAGGCCCAGCCCAAACCGCUCUCCGCUGCCGUGGCCGCCAUCGCCGCCGCCAGGGGGAUGGGCAAGACCCCCGACGGAGGCCCCGCCCCCGGCCCCAACGCCGAGACGGUGUCCGUCGCCUCCAGGUCUCCCACGCCCACUCCCGUCCCUUCCACAGAGACCAACGGACACUAAGACCAUGAGGGAACGGAGGGCACCAGGCAGGAAGAGGAAAAAUGAGCACGUUUGACCCGGGGAGGGUCAGGA